AUGGUAAGAGAUGCUGAGGAAAUGCAGCGCGUCCUUAAACAUGGGGCCCAUGAGGAGGGAGAAGGUUUCCCUCUCUCCUUGCCAAUUAGGACAAGAUCCCUGAGAGAAGAGCUGCAGGGAGCGGCCUGCCCCCUCCUGCACCCUCCUGACAGCAUGGCAUCGCCCAUGAAGAAUUUGCUUUCGGAUCUGGACAGAUACGCCCAGUCAUUCCGCCUGUUCCUGGAGAGGUCGACCGAGCACCAGAGCAUGCUGGAGUUCGUGGAGAAGCAGCUGCCGGACGUGAUAGCGAGUAUUGGGAAUGGGAAGUCUACAAUCAAUGUUCUAAGCGUUGGUAGUGGAGCAGGAGAGAUGGACUUGCAGAUCCUCUCAAAAAUACGAGCCAGAUAUCCUGGUGUCACCAUCAACAAUGAUGUGAUAGAGCCAAGUGCUAGUCAAAUCUCCAAGUACAAAGAACAUGUGGCUCAGGCAUCAAACCUCGAGAACAUAAAGUUUACCUGGCACAAGGAGACAGCUAAUGAUUAUGAAAGUCGAAUGAAUGCAGAAAAGAACACUAAAAAAUGGGACUUCAUUCACAUGAUCCAGAUGCUCUAUUAUGUGAAAGAUAUCCCAUCGACUCUCCGGUAUUUCCACAGUCUCCUGGAAUCACAGGCGAAGCUCCUCAUUAUCCUGGUGUCAGGAAAGAGUGGCUGGGAAACUCUGUGGAAGAAGUAUGCAUCUUCCUUCCCUUUGGAAGGUUUUUGCUCUUAUAUUUCCUCUGCUGAUUUGCCAAGGAUGCUGGAUUCAGCUGGGAUGAAGUACCAGCUUUAUGAGCUCCCAUCCCACCUGGACAUAACAAGCUGCUUUAUUGAAGGGGACAAAGAUGGGGAGCUCUUGCUGGAUUUCCUGACAGAAACAAUUGAUUUUACUAAAACUGCCCCUCCUGAACUAAAGUGUCAGAUAAUGGAAGAGUUGAGAAAGCCUGGAUGCAGUGAAAUCAGAGAUGGGAAGGUGUUUUUCCAUAACAACCUAGGUGUAAUAGUGAUUGAGCCAUGA